ACUCUCCCCCGUACUGGUGGAGUGAAGGCGUCUGUGGAGGGGCAACGACAACACGCUCGACCGCCGUGGCACAAAGACACCUCCGCCGCGGCCGCCACCGGAACGAGACACGCGCCGACCGGAGGGACCGCCUCGCGACCGGGAGGCGUCAAUGGCCACAACCGUUGCUCAAAGAAAGACGCCGACAGCGAGACGACCUGUGUAGCGAAGCGCGUCCUGGACAUCAGGGCGCGUGUCUGCCGUCGCGGAUACCCGGAGCCCCCUCCCGCACACGGGAAGUUUCUUUUGGGGGGGAUCUUUGAUUUAUAGGCUGCAAACAUGGACGAGGACAACCAAGUCCCCGAGGACCUGUCUUUGGAGGAAAGAGAUGAGCUGUCAAAUAUACGGCGCAGGAAAAAGGAGCUUCUGGAUGAUAUUGAACGGCUGAAGUUUGAGAUCGCAGAAGUGAUGACUGAGAUUGAGCAGCUGACCUGUGUGGGGGAGAGCAAAACCACGCAAAGAAACAAACAGAUUGCCAUGGGGAGGAAGAAGUUCAACAUGGACCCUAAAAAGGGGAUCCUGUUUCUUCUGGAGAACGAUCUUCUGCAGAACACCCCCGAGGACAUCUCCCAGUUCCUCUACAAAGGAGAAGGGCUCAACAAAACAGUCAUCGGGGACUACUUAGGGGAACGGGAUGACUUCAACAUCAAGGUGCUGCAUGCGUUUGUGGAGCUUCAUGAGUUUGCAGACCUCAACCUCGUACAAGCCUUAAGGCAGUUUCUGUGGAGCUUCAGACUUCCUGGUGAAGCCCAGAAGAUUGAUCGUAUGAUGGAGGCGUUCGCCUCCAGGUACUGCCAAUGCAAUCUUGGCGUCUUCCAGUCCACAGACACCUGCUAUGUCCUAUCAUUUGCCAUCAUUAUGCUGAACACAAGCCUGCACAAUCCCAACGUCAGAGACAAGCCCCCCGUGGAGCGCUUCAUCUCCAUGAACAGAGGGAUCAAUGAGGGAGGAGACCUCCCGGAGGAGCUACUCAGGAAUCUUUUCGACAGCAUCAAAAGCGAACCAUUUAAGAUCCCAGAGGAUGACGGGAACGACCUGACGCACACGUUCUUUAACCCAGACAGAGAGGGCUGGCUGCUUAAACUAGGGGGCCGAGUGAAGACCUGGAAGAGAAGGUGGUUCAUCUUGACUGACAACUGCCUCUACUACUUUGAAUACACAACAGACAAGGAGCCUCGUGGGAUCAUCCCGCUGGAGAAUCUCAGCAUCAGGGAGGUGGAGGAGCCAAGGAAACCUAACUGUUUUGAGCUCUAUAACCCUAAUCACAAAGGUCAGGUGAUCAAAGCCUGCAAGACGGAGGCAGAUGGGCGCGUUGUCGAGGGCAACCAUGUGGUGUACAGGAUAUCAGCUCCCACGCCAGAAGAGAAAGAGGAGUGGAUUAAAUCUAUCAAGGCCAGCAUUAGCAGAGACCCCUUCUACGACAUGCUGGCCACCAGGAAGAGACGCAUCGCCAACAAGAAGUGAAGAGAGUCUUCUCAACCCUCCAGCUCCUCCAUCUUCCUCUCCUUCAGUUCAUAAACUACACACACUAGGGAGAAAAGGCUGUCAAACCCCCGAAAAGACUUUGACCCCGAAUACAAACUUUGAUUUCUCUCCUGUCCACAAGUCAUGUGACAUCACACACUGCUGAGGGGACAGAUUGUUUCCCCUCCAUCUCACAAACACCUCUCACGGUCAUGACAUGUUUCUACAUCUCCCAAAAGCACAACUGCCAUGUUUCAGGUGUGUGUGUGUGUUCGCGCGUGCGUGCGUGUGUGUGUGUGUGUGUGUGUGUGUGUGUGUGUGUACAUUCUGGGUACAUAAGUGAUACAACCUCUCCCUCCACUGUGCUUUAUAAAGAAGUCCUAAUUCAAAGUCAGAGUUCAGAGUAAAAUAUGCGGAUGAGUAGGGACGUGUGGAGGAUGGAGGGUGGGAAGAGGAGACAAGUGGACAUGUUUGGUGAGUAGAUCAGUGCAGCAUAAGCUCAGCUGGGCCGUGUCGUCAUCUCACUCCGGUGCUGAAUUCUUCUCUGGGUGCCAUGGCUGAAGCCCUGCUCAAAGUAACCUCAGAAAACAGUGCUGGCUUACGUUGAGGUUCCUAACUACUCCUCGCGGUCUGGAGUCAGCUGGGCUGAUUUCACUCAUUUGUGUGGGGCAGAGAAUUUUGAAAAUGUGCAUUUUUUUAUUUUGGUUGCAUAGAAAAGGAGCUUUUGCCGAGGCUUGAGAUGUUACUUGCUUAUUGGACUUUAAGUUGUAAUCCUUAAGAUGUCAGUACUUGUUGAUGUGGUGACACAACCGUGAUUAAUGAUGGCAACACCAAGUGUGGUUGAAUACUACAAACACUCCUCUGGAAGCCAGUUUGCAACAGACGAGCAAUCAAUGUGUCAGUUUGCUGUGCAGCCAAACAACUCACAUUGUUACAAUGAAGAAGACAAUAACUGUAAUCUGUUUGCUUUUCGUCUGCAGAUAUUCACUGUGGCUGUUUCUUCUUGUUCCAUCGCUCCCUUAAAAACAAUUGAACAGUAAACAAUAUGGCUAAUAUCCAUGGGAUACAAUUCAAUAAUACUGGAUCACAUGUCUUCAUGUUUUCCUGUAAACCCCUCGUGAAUAAAGCAGACCCGCCACUACCAAUAAAAAGUAACGAUAGAGAUAUUUCCAGAAUGUGGAUAUUGCAGAUUGAACACUGACAAGAAAUAGUCAUAAUGGGGUUGAUUUAAUGAAAUCUUAGGGAUUCAACUUUAAGAAGUCUGCUGAGCAGGUUUUGUUUAUGGCUGUGCAAUGGCCCAAUGUGGUACCAGUCCAAUUAAGCUUUGUCCUCCUGUCCAUGGCCUGUCAGUGAAGGUCGAUGUAUUGUUGUGAUCCUGUUUGCUUUUGGUUCGUAAUCCUAAAGAAUCCUUGCUUGAUUUUGUGUUCCUCUUUAAAAAAAAACAACAAGAAAAACAUAUAAAUAAUAACCAACUAUAAUUUUUCUAUUUAUUUUCAUUUGUGAAAUGGUUUAAUACUCCCUGUAAAUGUUAAACAACAUGCUUAAGUUAUGUAUGUGUGUAUAUAUAAUGUAUAGUUUUUCUGGUCUCUUUGUUGUAGUAUGCACACUCUGUAACAUGUUUGAGCCGACAGACGUUUGCAUCAGCUGAAGUUUGGGGUGUUCUUUACAAAAAGCCUUUAACAUAAUCAUAAGAAAACAUGAUGAUGGCGUUGAUGAUAUUGGUUGAUAACUGGUUGAUGAUGAUGAUGAUGAUGUCAAAAUCUAUAAACAGUAGUUUUCUAUGUGAUUAUAAAAUAAAAGCAGCGCAGAAUAUUAUCUUCUACUGCCCUGUGUGGGCUUAUAGUUGCAUUAACUUUUAUAUUCUCUGUAAAAGCGGUCACGUUGUACAUUACGUGUAUCUAUAUAAAAUAUACAUAAAGCUUACAGCAAA